AUGUAUAUGUUCUUUCUCAUUCAGAAACCACAGGACAAACUUGAACCUGAAGAAAUCCAAGUGGACCUUAAAGAACCUUCAGAAAAUGUCACCGAUGCUGUCUGCCAGCAACCUCAGAAAUCUGUGGACAUCAAUGUUCAGCAGAAGGAGCAGAAGGAGCAGAGCAAAGAAGAACCACUAGAAACUCAACCUGGUGAAGUUAGUGGCAACACAGAAACAGAUAAGAAACCUAAUGAUUCACCUUUAGGGAAAAAUUGUUUUUCUGCCAUACGGAAAGUUAUACACCAUAGGAGAGAACGUGCAGAAUGCCGGAGGCGCUUCAAAGCUCAACUUGAAGCUGCAAUUGAGAAGAAGAACAUAUUCUGGCUUCAAUAUAACAAUCCUGACCUCCAUAGAGGCCUGCUGAGAAGAGGAUGGAUGGAGAAGAAUUCCCUCACCUUUAAUGCUGGUUCCUCCGACACUACGUUUCUUGAUGAAAGCGGGACCUAUAAACAUGAGUUGAAGGUUUGGUACAACGUACAACCCAACCUCAUCUGGGGAUUACGAUCCUUGGUAAAGACUUCUCUGAAUAAGGACCAGAUGAUCAAUAAUUUCAAAGAAACACGAUCCUUCACAACCAAGAUUGGUCUGUGCAAGAGUUUAAGUGAACUGCAUUGGUAUGCUGACGAGGAUCCACACACAUUCUUCCCUCGAUGCUACUACCUAGUAGAUGAAGCGGACAGGCAAGCAUUCACUGAUGACUUCAGGAUGACUGCUGCCCGUAAUAUCCUUAAAUGGGUUUUAAGAAACAAUGGGAAGACUUUACAAGGUGAAGAUGUUAUUCCCAGCCAAAGAGAAAAGGAAGAAAACACUGCUAUGUGUCGGUCAGUUGCUAACAGGAGAGAUCAUGGCGAUGCUGUGACGGUUACAGAAGAUGUUAUAGAAGCAGCCCUUCUGGCUUGUAAAAUGCAUCUGGAUAUCUUGGAAAAUAAAGAUAUCGACAAUGACUUGGAGCCCGUAUCUGCCGCAGUGGCUGCAAAUUGGGAAACAUUCCUAUGCAGCUACUACCAGAUUAUUCAUCACGGCGCACACAUACAGAAUUCUGAGAAGUAUGUGGAACACUGCCGCAGUGUUUUACGUAAGCUGGAGCCAGUGACCCCACAACUGGAUAUCGACGGAGAAAGAAACAUCUGGAUCAUAAAACCAGGCGCUAAAGCUAGAGGACAAGAUAUACAUUGCAAUGAUUGUUUGGAAGACAUACUUGAUCUAGUGGAAAACAAUCCAGCACUUACCAUGAAUAUGCUAUGGGUAGCACAGAAGUACAUAGAGAGGCCACUUCUUGUACAUGGAACCAAAGUCGAUCUCCGUCAGCAUUUCUUGAUAACGGACUGGAACCCAUUAACCAUCUGGUUCUAUAAGGACAGUUUCCUCCGUUUCUCGACAAGGCGCUUCACACUGGAGAGUUUAGAUACCUCUAUCCAUUUGUGUAACAACUCAGUACAACGGAACUUAUCGAUUGCACGUAAUUGUCACCCCGAUGUGCCAGGAGACAAGAUGUGGCACAGUGACAGAUUCAAGGAGUACCUUCGUACAAUUGGAAAAGAGCAUGUCUGGGAUUCAGUCAUUAUACCAGGGAUGAAAAAAGCUCUCAUUCACGCUAUGCAGGUUUCCCAGGGUCAAUCAGAUUACAGAAAAAACAGCUUUGAUAUUUUUGGUGCUGAUUUUAUGUUUGGAGAAGACUUCCAGCCCUGGCUACUCGAGAUCAAUCUGAAACCUGAUUUAUUUAAAUACACUGCAGCGAUGGAGAAGCUUGUUCCAUUCAUGUAUGAGGACCUGCUCCGUGUGUUGAUUGACCACAAGAAUGACCCUAACUGUGACGUGGGAGCAUUUGAACUGAUAUAUAAAAAGGAAGAAAUCGCAAAACCUAAACAUACCAGAAAAAGCCUGCUAGUGAAAGGAUGCUCAAUUAAAAAGCCUGCGGGAUAG